AGGGGAAGUGGGGCGCACCAGCCCAGACCUGCGGCACGUGGGGCAGGUUCCGCUCUCACAGUUGACGACGUACGCGAUUAUAUCAUUGUUCCUUUCCUUCUCCAACACAAGUUGCUGGCAACAGGCACCACCAAGCAUCUACGCAAGUUAGAGGGGAACGGCUAGGUGAGAUUCACCUAGACACCUAGCCACCUAGGAAUCUAGGUAGGCAGGGACUAGUCGUUCGGGUUUGUACCUACGGAACCUGUCUGCACACUCCCGAGUUCGAAUCGUGUGGUGCACUAGCAACCGCGCCUGGCAAACACUCCCUGUUCCAAUGAGCCCCUGAACGAGGAUUCGAUUCCAUAAUGUCAUCUCCUGCGGUCCUCGAGCCCCCGGUGGCGGGCGACCAGGCGAGGGUUCGCGUCGUUAUGAACCACGGUCACCAGGACCUCGUGCAGGCCGUUGCCUUCAACAGCUACGGCGAUCGUUGCGCGACAGGCUCCGUCGAUGGCAAGAUCCGUGUCUUUAACCGCCACCAGGACGGCACUUGGCGCCAGUGCGACAACUGGACUGCCCACGGCGGCGAUAUUCUCGAGCUGCAGUGGCUGCCCCCCACCAUAUUUCCCAACCUGAUCGCCUCGCUUGGGAUCGAGGGCCGCUUCAAGCUCUGGGCCGAGGACCCGGCUGCCGCCCCGGGCAAGCGCUUCAGCCAGCGGAACAAGGAGAACGCCAAGGCCGCAUACGAGCACAAGUCACGCGGCGGCGCGCCCUACCGCUCCUUCUCACUCCGUCACAACGAUGAGACGCGUCACACCCACCUAGCUCUGCUGGCUGCUGAUGGUGUACUGGAAGUGCUUGAGAAUGAGCAGCCCGAGAAUCUGGCCGACUUCAACCCUGUCGACCGUCUGGUCGUCUGUAAUCCCCGCCCGGCCCGCGGCGAGGAGACGUCGUUCCGUGUCCGCUUUGAUCCAAACCCGGACCCUUGCUACUCGGCCCUGCGCGCCGGCGUCCAAACCGACUCACUGGCCCUGGUAGUCGCUGCCAUGCGCACAGUGCGUAUAUACCGCUCCCGUGAUGCCUCCUCAUCCGCCGCCGGGCCGUGUGCGCGAGAGUUUUAUCUAGCCGCCGAGAUCUCUGGCCACGGAGGUCUCGUUCGCGAUGUUGCCUGGGCGGCCGGCAACAUCCGCGGAUACGACAUCGUUGCCACAGCCUGCCAAGACGGCUUCGUGCGCGUCGUGCGCCUGGACACGCCAUUCUCCCCGGACGACGGCAGGUCCUGGUCAUCGUCGGACCUUGUCAAGGGCGGUAGCACCAUAGGUGGCACGAGCAGCCACGACGCCUCGGGUUCCAGGUCCGGCGCCUCGAAGGGCUCGCGGAACUCGCUGCAACAACAGCAGCAACAGCAGUCGCAGAACCCGGUCGGCUUGCCCAAUCCUCCUCCGGCUAGGUCCGUGCUGGGUUCGGAGCUGGCCAUCUCGAGUGCCAACGCGGACCGUGUCAUGACGGGCCAGCCCGGCGAGGCCAGACACGUAGUCCGAGAGCUGUCGCGGCUAGAGACGCACCGCACUCCUGUGUGGCGAGUCGGCUUUGACGACGACGGGCAGAUUCUCGGCAGCGUCGGGGACGAUGGGAAGCUCAUGUGCUACCGCCAGACGCCCGACGGCUCCUGGGCCAAGAGCUCAGAGCUGGCAAUGGUGAAGAUGAGGAUGGCAGUGCCACAGACGGAACCGGGUUCGUGAAGAUGCCAUCUUCGCGGCCUUCUCAUCCCUGGAUAUAUCUUCAACUUUUUCGACCAUUGCCGAGGCAGUCUAUUCAUAUACCCGAUUGUGUCCAAGAGAGGCGCCAUGGACGAAGAAAGAGCUGCAUAUUCUGUCCCCAAUUUCAUCGAGUUGCAGAGGCUGGAUUACUGGUAUAAAACUAGAGAGAAUGGAGGCACAGGCGCCCUAUCACAUGAAAAUCAAGUCACCAAUGGAAUCUAGCCAGCCAAUACCCUCCCUCACCUUCGUCGCAGAGUCAUGGUCACAAGUGCUGAAAACAAUACAGCUCUGCUUAUAAAGCCGCAACAACGCCCAGAAGACCUACGGCAGCUACCAUACCGGCAACGAAGCCGGUUUCGCGCGGAGCAGCGUCCUUGCUGGAGCUGGUGCUGCUGGUAGUAGCCGCAGCAACAGCAUUGGACGUGGCCCGAGUGGGCUUGGAAUUUGUGCCGCCCGUUGUCGUGGUGCAGAGGUUUUCAAGCUCGGCAAAUGCAGACUUGACCCUGUCAUCAAGCUCCUUGAACUUCUCGACGGGGCAGCCAGCUGCGGACAUGGAAGAGAUGUGGGCGGGCCCGUUGCUAGAUCCCCAAGCAUCCAGGGUUUUGAUGUACUCGCCAAUUUCCGAGGUGAGCGGCGCUGGUACCUUGAUAUCGCAAACGUCGGCGUUGGGAGCCGGCUGUGAAAUGGGCACAAAAUAUGCCAUCAGCUGGCUGCAUCAUGACGGGCCUCACACAUGACGCGCGUUACUUGUUUUAGGGGGGGGCCGGCUGGGGAUACUAACCGUCUGCUGCGCAGCCCACUCCUCGAUGGACUUUUCCAGUUCGAGGUCCCUGGGAAUGGCCGAGGCGAUGGCCACGAGGGCUUUCGCGCAAGACGAAACCCUCGCGAUGAUGCCCGUCUCCUCCCUGGCCUGGCGUUUGGCAGGGAGCUGGUUUGGGUGUCCAACGGAGCCGCCAAUGCUGUCGCGCCCGGCGAUGGCUUGGCCAGGGUUGCCGGGCCUGGCGGCGGCCCCGGUGGCGACGGCGGCGAAGGCCACGAAGACGUUGUUGGUACGCAUGGCGGUUGCGAGGGUCGUUAUGGCGAGAAAAAAAAGAAUUCGGAAGGGUUUGAGAUCUUGAAAGGACUGGAAAGGGCUGGCCUGAAGAUUAUGCGCUGGGAGAAGAGAGUGUGGAUGGGGCAGCAGAGGAGCGUGUCUCGAGAGGCCCUCUCUGCACAUGAUGGCCGCGCCGCCCACUUCUCUUUAUGCAAUUGUUUACUCCCAUCGCCAUCGUCAACUUCUCUAGCCAUUCCGGAAUCCUUUAGCUCCGCUGCCACCGCUCGAAUGUGUCAGCAGCCAAAGCGCAAGUCCGACAA